AAGAGUCCAUAGAUCGGGGAAGCAGUUCGCGCUCGCUACGGGCGACGGACGGAAUCUGAAGCAGUGCUCGAAGGGAAAGGAAAAGAGACGAGAGCCUGAGAAUAGAGUUGAGGCCAAGAAGUUGACUGGGGAAGUUCACAGUCAAAAGAGGCGGAGAUUAACGUCUAAUGAUGUCCAAGAUCACGAAUUUGGGACCGUUUUCAAGCGCAAGCAGCAAAAUUUUGUUCAAAGAUUAUCAAAAUAUGGCCAAAUCAUAGGUGAUUCUUCCAAAAGAGUCACUGGGCUCCCCAUAUUUGAGAAAGUUGGAAUCUUGGAUAGUGAUCUUUGGACUGGAUUGGAUUGUGAUUCAGUGGUCCUUGUUGCGCUUGUGGAUUCAUCUGUUGUUCGUAGUUCCGAUCGGUUUGAGGGUCUUCUUGUUUCAGUGAUGAACUGGCUGAGGAAAGAAAGAGUUGGGCUAAUGAAACUCACUUUAUUGCUUUCAAGAGCAUCCAUAUGCAGUGUUUUCUCUAGGAAUGGCAUCCAUUUCUUACCCGUUCGGCAUCAGCAAAAUAGAAUUCUUGAUAGAUACUCUGUGUCUGGAGGUGGAUUCUGUAAGAUUCACGGUGGCAGAGAGUUUGUUCCCCUGUUAUCUAUUGAUUAUUCUGCAAUCCCUUCAUAUUUCAAGUACUUAUAUGCAACUACAAUUCUUGGUUCCCAAUAUCUCUCCAGUAAUCUUGGUUCAAAACAUUUGGUAGCCAUGACUGGAAAUUCUUUGGUUGUUGCUCUGUGUGAAGAACAUUUUUGUGGUGAUGAUAUUCCUUCAGAGACGGGGUUUUCAGGCACUGAUUUUACAGUUUCUGAGACUGCUGCUGUGAAGAUGGAUAAACUGCCUACUCUUGCAGUCACUUCUUUGCUGGGUUCACAGAAGUCAGUUAUCAUACAUGGUGCUGAGCUCCGGAAACUUCAGAGAAAGAGAAGUACAUUGACGAAAACUAAGCGAAGUUUUGGUUCACUUGGCUCCACUCAGAAGAUAUCACCUAUUUCUUCCAGGAUACGCGACUUUGCAGUGCCCCCUGUCAGUGUGAUACCCCUUAAUUCUCCCAGUCCUGACUUAUUAAACGGUAGAGAGGAAAAUGUCAUUGCUUCAUUCCCUGGAUCUUCUUCAAUGCUAAGAAAGUCAGUAGGGAUGAAGACCUCAAUCGAUGAAGUAAAGGAGGUGAGGUUGGCCUUGGCACAGGUGAGGCAGAAUAUUGACUCGGCAUGCUGCAACGUGAACAUCUUGGUCACUGAUACAGAAAAAGGUUGGCGUGAAGAUGGGGCCCAAGUUAUGCUUGAAAUGUCAGGCUCUCAAGAGUGGGUUCUCGCAGUGAAGAGAGAGAAUGUGAUGAGAUUCCUGUACAAGCCUCAAGAUCUGAAGCUUUGCACUGUCAAUAAAUACACUCAUGCCUAUAUCUGGAGUGGAGAUGAAAAGUGGAAGCUUGAGUUCUGUGAGAAGCUUGAUUGGCACAUCUUCAAAGAGUUGCACAAAGAAUGCAGGGAUCGCAAUACUUCACUUGCUUUUGUGAAGACAGUUCCUAUUCCAGGGGUCAAAGAAGUUUCUGGUUAUGAGGUUGACGUUGUUCCUUCCUUCGUACAACCUGACACAUACAUUCGUAGUACAGAGGAUGAAGUUGGAAGAGCUGUAGCAAGUGCAAUUUCCUAUUAUAAUAUGGAUGUGGCAGAUGAGGAGUGGUUACAAAAAUUAAAUUCUAGAUUGUCAGAUGCGGAAGGUGGUGGUCCAAGUUUUGUCUCCGAAGAAAAUUUUGAGAGAGUAAUAUUUGCUUUGGAAAAAAUUGCAUAUUGCUGUCGAGAUGAUGCUUUUGACAAGGAGAAGGCAUUGGAUCUUUUACAAGAGUUUGGAAGAAGGGAUGCGGUAUCUGCUGUAUAUAGUUACUGGCUAAAGAGAAGGAAACAAAAGCGUGGGCCAAUUGCCAGGGUAUUUCAGGGUCUGUCCUUGAGAAGAACAGAGGUAAAUAGGAAGUCAUCUUGGCGGAAAAAGCGAUCUUUUAAGAGGCGACAAAGUCAGACUGAACGGAAUCAGGCUGAAUGGAAAAACCAGAUUAGGAGAGAGAAGCAAGAGCUUUUCUUUAAGGCUUAUCGAGAGGCAAUUCGAAGAGCCCGUGAGUCAAAAGGUGCUGUCAGCAGAGCUGCUGAGAAUGCGACACAACUUCGUAGCAAAGCUCAGGUGCUGAUGUCAAAUGCAGAUUUGGCUGCAUAUAAGGCUUCCAUGGCCUUUAGAAUCUCUGAGACUAUCAGUACAUCUUCGUCUUUGUUGUCAUCAGAAUCUCCUAAUCUGAAUUCGUACAUUCUCAUCGACUGACAUGGCGGAGGCAGACAGUUUUUUGUUGUACAGGGUCUCAUGGGAAAGAACUGGAAUUACAUUUUAUUUGAUGAGAAUACAAGAGGAAAAUAGUGGGCUAAGCUUUUACAUGUAUGUAUCCUGAGGUGGUGACUCCAGGCGGGCAGAAGUUCAGCUGUUUCUAAGGCUGGCAUGGGGCUGUUUCUUAUUAAAAGCCAAUUUUGUGAUGAAUUUCUGAAAUUAUAAAGAUAAGAAAAAUUUUAUUUUUGUACAGAAAGUAGGUGUUGGUAGAUCUCUUUUGUGUUUUUUAUUGUUAUCCUAUCAUUUUUGUACAUAGAUUUUUCUUAUGAUUCUCUGCUUACAAAAACAGGAUUGCUGGAAGAAGAGCGGAAA